AUGGCGAGAAGGGAAAUUUUCAUCUGCAUCGCUUUUGCUGCGCUGGUAUUGGCCAACGAGGUCGAAGACGCAGAGCAAAAGAAGAGAGGCGCUGGUAAAGCGAACGUCCUAAAUUCUAUUCCAACGGGAGCGCAAAAGCCCGAAUACACGUAUAGCAUUUAUCCCCAAAACCCUCAACCGGCAUAUCAAAACCAAGCUUCUAACACGUUCUAUCCUAAUCAGCCAAGUCAGUAUUACACUAAUUCCGAGGCCUCUCAACCGCAUCAAGCAACUGUUCCACAGACAUCACAAUUUGUGCCGAUAAACUUCGUACCAAAUGGUGGUUAUCAACAGAAGUAUAUCGUUCAACAAAAGCCGGGUAAUGUAGUAACUGUCCUCCAACCUACCCCUUAUCCUGCUCAAGCAAUUCUGCAAUAUCCUCAAGCAAUGCUCGCGAAUCCCUCAAAUCACAUCUCUCCGCAUGCCCCGAUCUUUAACACCCCACACGGUCACUUCAACUUUCCUCAAUAUCCGUUGCCUUCAUUUGGGAACCCGUUUUUAGGUCAUCCGUCUAUGUUAGUCUUUCCUCAAAUCGGCCAAUAUAGUAAUCUAGGAUUGACAAGUCCAUCUCAUGGAGUCUUUUACCAGCCCCAAGCGAAACCAAAUUAUUCAACUCAGCCAGCAACUGGCGGUUCGCCGAAUGAGUACGAAAAAUUGAAUUCACAUCAAUCCGCUGCGCCUAAAGAAGACAGUGACGUCCAAACCGAUUAUAUUGCUUCUGACUCCAAUAAUGUAUUUAAAAACUCAUAUAAUACGCGCAAUACAUAUACCAAAAUAUAA